AUGGAACUACAAUAAAGUGUAAAGAACAGGGCCUUUAGCGGGUCUCUUCCCGACAACAAAAGAAAGUAUUUCGUAUAAACUCCGGCGUCCGAAGUUUUGACGCCUAAUAUCACUCAAUCUCCGUUUUCAUGCCCUUAUUACACUCAUCAAUUCCGCUAUUUUUCUUUAAACAAUGGCGAAAUCCCCAUCUUUGGUGAAUCUCUGCUUGGGUGCCCUUCAAAAUCACAUUCUUUAUGGAGAUGAUGAUGAUGGGAUUGUGCAAGGAAUAUAUGAGCUACCCACUGAGCUGUUUGAUGGUUUAUUGAAGCAGUUGCCUGCUUUAGCACUCCACAAAUUGCAGUUGCAAAUGCCUUUGGGGAGACAGGCUGAUUUUGACCUUGACUAUCAUUGCUCUGGGAAUGGAAGAAAACGUGUGAGAUAUGGCAAGUUCGAUAUUGCAUGGAAGGCAUUAUUUUCCUCGCGUUGGCGUGAGCUUGUCAAACAUUUCCAAGUGAAUCCUUUGUCAUACAAAAGUUCGUUGGAAUGUGCAGAAACGUUUGACUGGAAACAAAAGUAUUGGGAAACGCAUCUUCAGAAUUGCUUUGAUGCAGCUGCAGAGAGAGCUAUGCUACCUUCUUUUAAUGGAUGUGUUGGGGAAAUUCAAAUCCCAGGUGCACUAAUCAAAAUCAUUGGUUAUGAUGAAUCAGCUAAAGGCUCAAUGCAUCAUUACUCUAGAUUGUGUGGUCAUUGCCAAGACUUUGGAUGUUAUGUGAGAUGUUUGAGACUUCAGAACAUGUUUUGCAAUAAGGAAACUUGUCAAUUGUUAGCAAGCAGCCAGUUGCAGUGUUUGUUGCUAAGGAGAAUUUCCUCCGACAUACAUAUUGAUGGAUUAUGCAUGAUACUAAACCAGAACAGAGAAACAAUAACAUCGCUGGAAUUUGUAAAUUGCAAGCUUUCUUUGGUUGAUUUGGAGGCAAUUUGUAGUACGUUGGUUAUAGAAGGUGCACAAGCACAUGCAGUGAAACAUUUUUCCGUGAAAGCGUCAAAACUUUUAGAAGCAAAUCCUGCUUCGUUUCCGCCAAAGCUCAUUUCCUUUCUAUCGUCAAGAUCACUUGAGUCAUUAAGCCUUUGCGAUGACCAUAUUGGGAGAAAUUAUGCAAAUUUGACUCUCAGGGCGCUACUUGAUGCUUCAUCUUCUCUCUCUACCCUUGAGUUGUCAGAUAACAAUAUAUCAGGCUGGCUUUCUGAUUUUCGGUGCAACUCUUCCAAUCAAGCCUUGUCAUCUUACAAAAAAAGCAAGUCUAUGCAGUCUUUACGGGUGCUUAAUCUAAGAUGCAUCUCUUACCUUAGGGGAAACAAUUUGCGGAAGAAUGACCUGGAAGACCUUACAUCUGCACUCAUUCAUAUGCCAGUUUUGGAGACUCUUGAUUUAGCUGACAAUCCCUUUGAGGAUGAUGGAAUCAAGUGUUUGAUCCCCCACUUUGUCAAGACAUUUGAACACUUUCCCCUUGCCAAUCUUAAUUUGAAGAAUUGUGAGCUCUCCUGUAAUGGAGCAACUGAUCUUCUGGAAGUACUUAUAGCGUUAAAAUACCCUCUGACUUCUCUCUCCUUGGCAGAUAAUGAUCUUGGAAGUCAAAUAGCACCACUACUUGGAGAUUUUAUGCACACAUCUAUAAGGUCACUCGAUAUAAAAGACAUUGGUCUAGGUUCAUCUGGAUUUUUAGAACUUCGGAUUAAUAUGCCAGAUGUGGUGAAGCUGAUCAGCAUUAACAUAAGUGAGAAUCGUGGGGGGAUCCAAGCUGCGGAAUUUCUGGGAGAACUUAUCUCUAAAGCUUCGGAACUUGUUGAUGUGCAUGCAGGAUACAAUUUAAUGCCCCCGGAGUCCUUGAAUAUUAUAUGUUCAGCCCUCAAGAUUGCCAAAGGGGAACUUCAGCGUAUGGAUCUUACAGGAAACCAAAAGCUUUGUCAGGCUGAUAAUUUAUUGGCACUUUCAGAAUUUCAACACAAUGGAGAACCAAUUAUGUUGAUUUCAAGCUCGUCUUCCCAAGACACACUCUAUGAUGAUGAUCCGUAGAUUCCCAAUUUACAGCUGUGUCAUAAGGAGGCACAAAGUAGAAAUGAAAUGAAGAAUUUAGUAUACCUCUAUUUUUAUUUUUAAGUAAUACUUCGUAUACGGUUUUAUAUUUGUUGUUAUACUCCGAUAGUACGAAUUUUUCUUCAGAUAUAUGUUAGCUGUAUUUAAUUUCAAUUACCUUAGCAAUUGUAGUACAUGCAUGAAGUUAGUGAAGUUUCACUUGUGUUGGAUCUCCUGA